AUGUCUUUAGGAGCAAUACACAGUCAGGUGGAAUCUUUGAGUGACUCGUGGGUGCGACUGAAACACAGCAGAGAUUGGUUAUACACAUCCUCCUACUCUUUUGUCGAGUCCGACUUUGAUCUCUCAAGAUCCCUUGGAGUUCAUACUUUGAUUGAAAAUGUCAUCAGUUUUGUAAGUGGAGAUGUGGGAAGCUCCCCAGGGUUUAAGGAGCCAGAGGAAAGUAUGUCCACCAGUCCCCAGGCAUCGGUCAUCGCAAUGGAGCAGCAGCAGUUGAGGGCUGAGCUUCGCCUGGAAGCACUUCACCAGAUUUUAGUGCUUCUCUCAGGGAUGGAGGAAAAAGGCAGUGUGCCAUUACUAGGAAGUCGUCAAGUGCCAGGAUUUCAGUCUUCUUCGUUGCUUACUUCUGUUAGGCUGCAGUUUCUUGCUGGCUGCUUUGGCUUGGGCACUGUCGGGCAUGCGGGUGCCAAAGGAGAGAGUGUAAGAUUGCAUCACUACCAGGAUGGUAUCAGAGCAGCUAAGAGAAGUAUUCAAAUUGAAAUCCAGGUGGCUGUGCACAAAAUUUACCAGCAGUUAUCUGCUACACUGGAGAGAGCUCUGCAAGCUAACAAGCAUCACAUAGAAGCACAGCAGCGUCUGCUGUUGGUCACCGUCUUCGCCCUCAGUGUGCACUAUCAGCCCGUGGAUGUCUCCUUGGCCAUUUCCACUGGUCUGCUGAACGUGCUGUCACAGCUGUGUGGCACAGACACCAUGCUAGGACAGCCCCUGCAGCUGCUGCCCAAAACUGGUAUUUCCCAGCUCAGCACGGCUCUGAAAGUAGCCAGUACAAGACUCCUGCAGAUCCUUGCAAUCACCACAGGGACCUAUGCUGAUAAAUUGAGCCCAAAGGUGGUCCAGUCUUUGCUGGAUUUGUUAUGCAGCCAGCUGAAGAACUUGUUAUCACAAGCUGGUGUGAUGCUUAUGGCUUCCUUUGGGGAAGGGGAAGGUGAGGAGGAUGAAAUGGAAUCCAAAAAGGCAGAUUCUAAUGGGGACAAUGAGAAGAGAGACUUCAGAGCUGCCCUCCGAAAGCAGCACGCAGCGGAGCUGCACCUGGGAGACUUCCUGGUGUUCCUGCGGAGAGUUGUGUCUUCCAAAGCGAUUCAGUCCAAAAUGGCAUCCCCGAAGUGGACAGAGGUCCUUCUCAACAUUGCCUCUCAGAAGUGUUGCUCAG